AUGGCCGACCCGUCUACUUCAAGCCCUUUUACUUACUCGGACGAGUACUUUAUUGAUAAUCUCCAGCCGCCAAGGAGAUCUCACGGCAUAAAUAUCUUUGGAAACAGCAGUGGCUACCAGUCCCUCAUGUCAUCAGAAGGGGGACACCACGAGAUGUCUGACCUCAAAACAGCUCCUGGUUCCGCUUCGGGGCUAGGGAUUUCAAUGGGAUCGUCGCCGUCUCAGAAUCAAUCUCCGGAUCCGAAUCAACAUCACAAGUUGAGCCCGCCUGAGACACCGCAUUCCUACCACAACUUGAUGGGCGACUCGCCUCGUCAUCCUCCAGAGGGUUCUUUUAGUCCCCGUACUUCCGACAUGCAAGGAACUCCAGAGCCAUAUUCUGAGAUUUGGGCACCGUCUAUGCCUCGCUCUAGAGGUAAUUCACAGACAAACAUUGGUGGCGAAUCUGAAAAGGUCAAAGAGAUGCCCAAAACACAAGAACGAGAGAUCACGCCUUCAUCUUCUGGACAGAAUGUUCCAAAGAUUGUUGAGCCUAGGAGAGACACGAUAGAUGAUGACUAUGAUGAUGAGAUCUUUUAUAAGAAGUUUGCUGAACCUCCAAAGGGUUGUUCAUCAGAUCGAGAUAUUCACCAGCCCAGAUCAAGUUGGCUCUCAAUAACCAUUUAUAUCCUAUCUAUCUACUCAACUGUUGGAAGUGGCAUCUGGCUAGUGACGGCCAUUCUCCAACCACGAUGGGGUCACCAGAUCGCUUCAGGAGCUUCACUCUCACCAUCAACCGCCACAACACUCGCCGCUCUUCUAGCAAAGACCAUCGAAAUGUCUUUCGUCACAGUAUUUGUCUCCUGCCUCGGACAAGUUCUCACCCGACGAGCUUUUAUUCGAAGGGCACAGGGAAUGUCUCUUGCUGAGAUGACAAUGCGAAAUUGGGUCAUUCAGCCAGGAUCUCUAAUCACUCACUUUGAGACUCUUCCUUCAUCAUCGCUGACUCUUCUCGGCAUGCUAUCGCUAACCGCCACCCUUGCUGCUGCAUUCUACACCACUGCCUCAGACGCCAUGGUCUCGCCGAAACUCAAGUCUGGAAGCUGGGUACACAAGGAACUCCAAGGUUACGUAAAGGCCUCAUACGCCAACGCUGCGCACGUCCGUCAAGACUGUCCCUAUCUAUUCAACAUGACCGAAGAUGUCCACGCCGCAGAAUCAUGUAUGAACGUUCAAUUCUCUGGACAGUCAUACCGAAAUCUGCUCAACUACAUGACCGUGUGGACAAACAUCAACCAAAAUGGAACUGAAAUUCCUUCAGACCUGAAGAAGCGACCCGGUGGAACUACGCUACUCUUCGACAACACCACCCUGUACUCCCAGUGGAUUGAGACGGAGCAUGGCGAUGUUGCUGCGCAGUUUGAGGAGACGGGAAGAAUCAUUAAUAAUGUCACCCUGGCACUUCCUCAUCCUGGUAUCUAUGGUGCUGCUACUCUCAAGAAGAAUGGGAUUCUGCAACCCGAUGAUCUUGCUGGUGUGGGGGAAUACAAGAUUCGAGCUGGUGUUGUCUCACCUUCUGUUAAUGUUCUAUGUGUCGAUAUGGACCGGGAUGAGCUGUCUCCUCUUGUCUACACGGAGUGGCCUAAUGCUAAGAACAACAACACUUCCGUGCCUGGCCAGAAGACUGGAUGGGCUGGCUGGACAGGCGAAGUGCCCCAGCCGGUUAACAGCAAGGAUAAGCCUUAUUAUCUCAACCGAACUGAUGUUGAUGACAUUUUCAAAUGGGGACCCAAGUACGAACGUCGCCCUCCCGUCUUCCAAAUGUACCCUUUCGACUUCAAUCUCCUCACCAACGCAACCGUCUAUGCUGGUGACGCUAUCUACACCCUUGGCAAGACCUCUGGGAAUAAGAACUACACUCUCUGCCAACUCCGAUCUUGGGUUUCUCCCAACUGUUCGACCGAAUUUAGCAUUUCCGGCACUGCUGGUGCUAAUAUGAAUGCUCACUGUGAGGAUGACGAGGAUGAGAACGCAUAUCGUCGGUCGUUCCCUGCUGAUCAAGGCUGGUCUUUCCCAUCCCUGGACUGGAAGUGGCUUGCCGAUCAAUGGCGAUUAUCUAUGGAUCUCAACGGGGGCGUUAUUAACAACAACGCCUCCAAUGCUCGCAUCCUCACCCAACUCGCCCUCCACGAACCCAAGAUGCCAGCCUCUUAUCCCUCCAUGGCCGAAGCCCUAGCCGUUUACUCCAGUUCCCUCAUCAUGAUUAGCGCCAUCGACAGUCCCUUCCGCCACUACUGGGACCAAGAUCCCAAAAAGUAUCCCUUGAACGUCAUCGACGACGGCCCAGGUUUCCUCCAACCCUUCAACGCAUCCCUCAUCACACAAGAAUAUACCUCCGGUCACACCCAAGGCUGGCAAAACAUCUUCUACGUUAUCCUGGUCCUUGUCUUCGCCAUCAACCUCUUCUGUCUCGGCUACUUCAUGAUGCGCUCUGGUCUAGUAACAGACUUCACAGAGCCGCAGAACUUAUUCUCGUUGGCGAUUAACAGUCCGCCCAGCAACAGUCUGCACGGGAGCUGCGGAGGCGGCCCUGAGAAGAGACAUCUCGUCGUGCCGUGGAAGGUUGCGUUUGCACCAAGUGCGAAUCACUAUUUCUUCCAGGAUGUGGCGAGCGGAAAGGAGGUUGAUGAAGGGGAAAGUACGGGGAGGGAGUUUAAGAAGCCGAAGUUGAGUAGUUACAAGAGGCUCAGUACGAGUAAAACUUGGCUGUAG